GGAGGUGGCGGCGGCGGCGUACCAAACCUUUCUGGGCCCCCCUUCUCACGCCCCGCCCUGGGAGAGGGGGACGGGUGGGCGUGGGACGCCCAGGACCGGCCGGACCUGUGGGACCCGGGGCCCUAGUUGUCUGCGGAGCCUGUCACUCGGAGAAGACAGGCUCUUCCGGGGCUGGGACGGCUGUGGGCGGCGGGAUGCCUCCGCGCCUGCAAACUCAUAAAUACCGCAGCCGCACUGGUGGCCGGAGACGCGCGUGCAAGCAGUUGGCGCCCUCGAGGCAUCUGGAUAACCAUCCCUGGAAGACCUCCCUUCCAUCCUGCCUCACUCCCAGUGACAUUGCCUGAUCCCCCUCCAUUCUUCAUCCUCCCAGUCCCUCCUGCUGUCCCUGACAGAAUCUGAUCUACUACGGCCCCCAUCCCUUUCCCCUCUCUGCCCCCUCCACCACCACUAUGGGCCCCUUUCUUCCCUGCUGGUCCUGCUGCUGUCUGCUCCUGUUUUUCUCCCUGGGAGUCCAGGGGGCCCCAAAGGAUCCCAAUGCUGCCCCGGAGCAAGUCCACCUGUCGUACCAAGGUGAGCCGGGCUCCAUGACUGUAACCUGGACCACAUGGGUCCCAACCCAGUCUGAAGUCCAGUUCGGGCUGCAGUUAUCAGGGCCCCUGCCCCUCCGGGCCCAGGGCACCGUCAGCCCCUUUGUGGAUGGGGGUUAUCUCCGGCGGAAGCUCUACAUACACCGCGUCACGCUGCAGGGGCUGCUGCCGGGGGUCCAGUAUGUUUACCGCUGUGGCAGUCCUCAGGGCUGGAGCCGGCGGUUCCGCUUCAGGGCCCUAAAGAAUGGGCCCCACUGGAGCCCCCUUCUGGCUGUAUUUGGGGACCUGGGGGCUGACAACCCGAGGGCCCUACCCCGGCUGCGCAGGGACACUCAGCAGGGCAUGUACGAUGCUGUUCUCCAUGUGGGAGACUUUGCCUACAACAUGGAUCAGGACAACGCUCGUGUCGGCGACGAGUUCAUGCGUCUCAUCGAGCCUGUGGCUGCCAGCCUCCCGUACAUGACAUGCCCUGGGAAUCAUGAGGAACGCUACAACUUCUCUAACUACAAGGCUCGCUUCAGCAUGCCCGGAAACAAUGAGGGCCUGUGGUACAGCUGGGAUCUGGGCCCUGCGCACAUCAUCUCCUUCUCCACCGAAGUAUAUUUCUACCUCCACUACGGCCGCCACCUGGUAGAGAGACAGUUUCACUGGCUGGAGAGAGACCUCCAGAAAGCCAAUAAGGACCGGGCAGCCCGGCCGUGGAUCAUCACCAUGGGUCACCGGCCCAUGUACUGUUCCAAUGCAGAUGUGGACGACUGUACGUGGCAUGAAAGCAAGGUUCGAAAAGGCCUCUUCGGCAAGUUAUUUGGAUUAGAGGAUCUUUUCUACAAAUACGGGGUCGACCUGCAGCUGUGGGCUCAUGAGCACUCGUACGAACGACUGUGGCCAGUUUACAACUACCAGGUAUUUAACGGCAGCCGAGAGAUGCCCUACACCAACCCUCGAGGCCCUGUCCACAUCAUCACAGGAUCUGCUGGCUGUGAGGAGCGGCUGACCCGCUUCACCCUCUUCCCGCGGCCUUGGAGCGCUGUGCGGGUGAAGGAGUACGGGUACACGCGGCUACACAUCCUCAACGGGACCCACGUCCACAUCCAGCAGGUGUCCGAUGACCAGGAUGGAAAGAUUGUGGAUGAUGUAUGGGUGGUGAGACCCCUGCUCCACCGGAUGAUGUACCUCUAGGAACGGGCGACUCUGAGCCUUGUGGCCUAUGUAACCGGACACCACCCAUGCCCGGCUGGGGAGUCAGGGCAGGCCUUGACUCCUCUGCCUUCCUGAGGGCCCAUGUGGAUGAAUGCGGCCCUGAGGGGGCUGGGCAGCUCUCCCCUCCUGGAGAGGUGGGGGUCCCCAGCGGCUGUGUUCGAAAGGCAGUUGCGGACACAGACAGACACGGACGCACAGGUGGGUGGCACAGCCCUGCCCCCUCUGCAUAGCACCGACUGGGCGGUGCCCGCAGGGCCUCCGGAAUAAAGAGGCUCACGGCUGUGGCUCCUUGGACUCUGCACUUCUGCUGGGGAUGCCCGCUAGGGCACGCCUCUCCUGCCUGUGCGGGAGAGGGGGUGGGGGCGAGAGGCAUGGCCAGCCCCAAGUCUGAAAGGUGGGCACGGCCAUCAGGCACCACUCUCCAGCAGGUGGCAAUGGUGACUUGCCCCCCCACCCCACCCCUAGGCCUGCCCUCAGCGCACCCAUAGCCAGAAAAUGCUAAUGACUGUCUUUUUGUGUCACAGUUCCCCAGCCUGGCAAUGGCUUAUCCUGGAAGUGGAGAAGGGUUACCACUCCUGCCUUCCAGCUGGGGUGGCUGACAAGCCUUAGGUGCUCAUUGACCUGCUGUUUCCCUCCCCUUUUCCUCCUUCCCCUGUUUCCCUUCUUCCUUUCUUUUAUUCGACCAUUAUUUAUUGAGCACCUACCAUGUGCCAGGCUCUGUUCUCAGUCCUGGGGAGACAGCCAUGAACAGGACAGAGGUCUCUGCCCUAGUGACAUUCUACCCGGUGAAAGAUGGCAAACCUA